AUGGAGGACGAGCAGGGCUACAUGGUGCUGGACAAGCGGGGGGCUGAGGGGAGCCCGGGCCCCCUGCAGGAUGCAGGAUCUCGCCCCCAAGUCCCCUGGGGGGGUUCAUCCCCGCGGCGGGAGAGAGUCCGGACAGGAGCCCCUCGCUGUCCCCGCUGGCUCCUGGGGGUCCUGCUGGGGGUCCUGCUGGGGGUCCUGCUGAGCGCCCUGGUGUUCUGCGUGCCGUGGCUGGUGGCAGAGCGGGGACAGCCCGGGGGCACAGGGGGCUGCGGGAACGCCUCGCUGGGAUGCGGGAUUUCCGCUUUGGGCUGCGCCUGCCUGGAGCUGCGGAAGAGCCUGUGCCCCCCGCCAGUGGGGGAGAGCUGCAGGCUCUGCCCCCCCGCCUGGAGCCUGCGGGGGAACAAGUGCUUCUGGAUUUCCGACGGGGUGAACCCCUGGAACGGGAGCCGGCAGGACUGCGUGGAGUGGGGGGGCGAGCUGCUGAUGCCAGGGGACCAGGAGGAGCUGGAUUUCCUAGACCAGCUGCUCCAGAAACCCACCCGCUACUUCUGGAUCGGCCUCUCCGCCCCCUCGGCCGGGACGGGCUGGACCUGGCUGAACGGCUCCUGCCUGGACCAGAGCUGGUUCCCGCUGAGCUCCGAGGGUGGAGGAGACAAAACCUGCGGGGUGCUGAGGGGGGACGGGAUCGGCGCCGAGAACUGCACCGCGGGGCUGCAGUGGAUCUGCCAGAAAGAAGCCACCCUGUUCUGA